AUGUCUAGAUUCACAUCCACCUGCAUCCUGCUGGCAACAAUCCUGUUGUUCGCUGCUGCAAUUAACGCCCACGGCGACCAUGGUCACUCUCAUGGCGAGCAAGACGAAGAGGAGACCAACGAGAUCUCACACGUCAUCAAUGUCACCGAGAACAACUUUAACGAGAUUGUCACAGAGCACGAUAUCGUCUUUAUGAUGUUCUACGCCCCAUGGUGUGGACACUGCAAGACCCUGAAGCCACACUGGGCCACCGCCGCCGAGAAGCUCAAGGAGAACCCAAAGAUUGCCAUCACCAAGGUUGACUGCACUGUCGAGCAAACCCUCUGCAAGUUGAACAAGGUUGAGUACUACCCAACCCUGGUUCUCUUCAGAAACGGUGUUCCAGAGCCACUGGAGGUCGAUAGAAAUGCCAAUGCCAUCGCUGAGACUGCCCUGGCUGAGCUUCUUCCACCAAUUACCAACGUUGAGUCUGAGGAGCAGUUGGACAAGUUGAAGGCAGAGACACCAGCCCUCGUUGUUGGAUUCUUUGACAAUGAUCAUGAUGACAGAUACAACACCUUCAAGAAGUUGGUCACACCACUCAAGAAGUUUGUCAAGUUUGCCGCUGUUGUCAACAAGGACUUCUCCAAGACUCAGGUCAAGGAGACCCCAGCCGUUGUUAUGUACACCAAGUUUGAGGACUCCCCCGUCAACACCUACUCCGGUGAGUUUGAGGUUGAGGACUUGACCCGUUUCAUCCGUGCCAACAACAUCCCAACUCUUGGAGAGAUCAACGAGUCCACCUACAAGAAGUACGACGGCUGUGGUUUGCCCAUUGCCUACGUCUUUGUCAACCCAUCCGAGGAGGAGGCCACCAAGGCCACCUUGGAGAUGGUUCGCAAGACUGCCACCGCCAACAGAGGCAAGGUCGCCUUCUGCUACGUCAACAAUGCCAGAUACCCACAGCAGGCCAAGUACCUUGGUUUGACUGGUGAUGUCGUCCCAGCUAUUGCCGUUGAGGUCAACGCCAAGGGACUCAAGUACAUCCACCCAGAGAGUGCAGAGUUCACCGCCGAGACUGUUGCCCAGUUCGUCCAGGACUUUAACGACAACAAGUUGGAGCCACACGUCAAGUCCGAGAAGAUCCCAGCCGACAAUAGCGGACCAGUCAAGGUUGUCGUUGGAAAAACCUACAAGGAGAUCAUCCUCGACGAGACCAAGGACGUUUUGGUCGAGUUCUACGCACCAUGGUGCGGUCACUGCAAGAAGCUGGAGCCAAUCUAUGAGGAGCUUGGCCACUUUGAGUCACAACGUGACCUCGAAUCCAUGAUCGAGUUUGUCAAGGAGCACACCACCCAGACCAUCAACAUCAGCAAGCCAAUCCAAAAGGCUGUCGAGGAGGAGGAGACCGUCACCGUCAAGAAGAACAAAGUCCAUCACGAUGAGCUCUAA